AAAAACAAAAAAGCCUAUGAUUAUUUAACAAACAGAGGAGUGAAUAAAUACAUCAAUACUGAUUAUAUUAAAGAGAUUCAAAAAUAUUUUUCAUAUUUAAUAGAAAAUAAAAUUAAAGAUAAAAAUGAUGACGGGUACGAAAUUCAGAAUCCUAUAACAAAAUUAAAUGAAAUGUAUUUUCCAUAUCGGAUUUGUAAAAUUUCACAUAGUAGAUAUAUUAACAAUCCUAUAAAAUUUCAAUUGAUGUCAAUAUCUUAUUUUUUCGGAAGUAGUGAAACAUCUUCUAAUGAUGUGAUUUGGAAAAAUGGUGGUGCAAAGGUAUUGUUAACAGUAGCUCAUGAUGGAGCAUUGCAAAACAAAGAGAUUGUUUUAGAUGUUAUUGAUAAUGUAAACAAAAAUUCAUAUUCAAAAUUAGAUUAUAUAAAUGAAACACAAAAUUAUUAUGAAUAUGUAUUACGCGUUUAUAAAGAAGGUUCGAAAUAUGAUUCUAUUGAACUUAUUAAACAAGAAUUAAAAUUAUUGAAAGAAGAAUUCGAUUCGUUCAAGAAAUCGAUCGAGGAGCAAAAAAAGAUCGAUACUUUG